AUGGAAGGGUCGUGGGUUGUAGAGCAUGAAGCGGCAGCUCAAGCUAUUUCCCUUGUCGGCACAUUCUUAUCUAUAUCAGAAAAAUCCUUCCGAGAUGUCUCCCAAUUCAUCGACUACGUUUCAAGUUUGAUCAGGAGCAAAGGGGCGGACGCAUCAAUAACAAGAAGUUUAGACGAACUAGAAGCAUCUGUCGAGCUUCUCAAAUACGCACUGAACGCUCUGCCUCAGACCUACCCGAACAAGGACAUGAUGCUAGAGUCCCUUGCUCAGUUUUACUUCAGAUUGUAUCGCAAGAAAGCAAUAAGGAACGAUCUUGAAGAGUGUGCGAUCUUUGCUAGGCGAGUUCUUGAUUCAACCUCUGGGGACAGCUUGGCCUGGGCGGACCGACUGUCAUUUCUGGGAACGGUUCUAUCUGAGGCCGCUAUACAAAAGUGGGAUGCUACUCUUGAGGGUGCAAUAAUAGCCAACCAGGAUUGGUUGGCAUUGCAAACAGAGAAAGAAUCAGACCGACACGCGACUGGAUUGGAUAUUGAAUAUCAUGAAUAUGAAACUAGUAAAUUUGAGCUAUCGCAGCUUGAAUUGAGUAUUCUGUCACAUCGCGGCGCAACAAUGUGUCGUUCUGUAAUCGACCAGGAGAGAGAAGGAAAGCUAAGCAAACAUUUACGCUGGUUGGAGCUUCUGUAUCGUGAAAGAUAUCAGCGAAAGCCCAUGGUGUCUUUUGGACUUGAGACCGCCAUCUGCACCAUGCGGAAAAGCUUAAGAUUAAAUUACGAGAGUGUGUACGAUUACGUUUACGGAUUGGAACUUCAAGCUGAGCUAUUGAUGAAUCAUUACCUUCAGACAAGGACAGCAUCUUUUCUCGAGGAAGCAAUCGAUACCUUGAAAAAAAUGUGUCGAAUUCCUCCACGAGAGUAUUAUAGCGACCCAGUUGGAAGAAAGAUCCUUGUGUCAUGCUUCUGUCUUCUUGCUCAACAGCAGUCGCCACAAGGUUGCGGUGCCAAUAUGGAAGAUUACUACGACGAAUCCAUAUCCAUAGCAAGGGACGCAUUCGAAUUCGAACCACUUCCACCAGCUUGGUGGGAACAGAGUGCUUUUUUGACGUAUCGAGCAAGUCUUUUUGAGGAGCGAUACUGGGCCUCUCAUGACUUGAGGGACCUUGAUAGAGCGAUAAAUCUGGGAAAAAAAGCAUUGGACCUCACCCCUAAAGCUCACUCUUCACGCUUAGUUCGCUUGGAGUGGCUCGAAGACUUCCUCGACCAGAAAGUUGCUAUGUCUGAAGCCAGUGACGAUUUGGAAAAUAUGAUCCAAGUUUCUCGAAUGGUUCUCGAUGAAGCACCACAAGAUGAUCAGGAAACAUUAUCCCUCCGAUAUCUCAGCCUUGGAGAAAAGCUGGAGCAGGAAUAUAAUAAAAAAGGAACGAUAAACAGCUUAAGAGAAGCUAUUCAGCUAUCCAUGAACGCUAUACGGCUCACAACAAGUAAUGGCACUAAAGCGCUCCACUUCCAAUCUCUUGGAACCUGGUACGCAAUAAUACAACAGAAGACUCAAGAUAAGGCAGACCUUAAAUCUUCUAUAUUCUUCUUUCAACGCAAUCUGGAAGCUUCAUCAUCGGAAAUAGACAGCAUUCCAUCAAUUUCGUCGUCCAAGCAUGACUGGACAUUGAAGAACGGCGUUCAAGUUGGUCACCUUAAACAGAUCAUGCCUCUGAUUGAGGGUUAUUGCAUUGGCCAUAUGUGGAGAGAUGCAUAUGCAACACUACAUGAUGGCAUUUCUGUCAUUUCUAAGAUGUCUUUGAGAUCAUUGUCGGUCUCUCACAGACGAUCAGCGAUAUCGGCUACCGCCGGUAUAGCUUCUUUUGCAGCUGGGUUAGCCUUUAUAGUAGGAAAGGGCCCCUUGGUUGCAUUAGCAUUAGUUGAGAAGAGCCGCAAUAUGUUUGCAAGUAGCCUUGAGGACCUAAGGGUGGAGGUCUCUGGGGAAUUGCAACAACUACAUCCCGGGCUCGCUGCAAAAUUCAUGAGUCUUAGGUAUCAGGUUAGCAGACCAGGCCUAACACUUCGGCAAUUCGAACCUAAUGGAGGAAGAGCCAUGGUAGCUUGGCAACUUGACCAGGUGAUUGAGGAAAUUUCAUGCAAGCCAGGAUUCGAGAAUUUUCUGAUGUCUCCCAACGAAGAGGAUACUCGAGAAGUUUCAAGUUCUGGGCCUGUUGUCGUCAUUACUACCUGCCCUAUGCGAUGCGAUGCAAUUAUCAUUCAGCCGCAUCAGGUGCGAGGCUUAACACUCUCACAUCUAAGCCACGAAGAUAUACUUGAUAAGGUAAAGAGCGGAAACAUCAAUAACUUGAAGGUGCUUGAAUGGCUCUGGGAUGUACUUACCAGUCCGAUUCUCGACGCCUUGGGAUUUACCCAGACACCUGGCAAUGGUGAAGCCUGGCCUCGUAUCUGGUGGAUUCCCAUCGGCCCGCUCUCAAAAUUCCCUAUUCACGCGGCUGGUUAUCAUAGGUAUCGAACAAAAAACACAGUGAUGGAUAGGGUGGCCUCCUCCUAUACUACGUCGAUAAAGUCUAUGAUUCAGACGCGUCGACGAGCUAUUCCGGCUCAAAGCAGGCCAGAACGAGCUGUCUUAGUAUCUGUUCCCCAAACUACAGGGCUCUCGACACUAAAAUUUGUCAAGGAAGAGGCGACCCGAGUCGGGAGCCUUUGUAGAAGCAUGGGCUUUGACGUAAUCGAACCCCAACCGAGGAUGGAGAGCGUGGCGUCACAUAUGGCUGGCUGCAGAAUUUUCCAUUUUGCUGGACACGGCAGCGUUAACUCGAGUGACCCGUCACUAAGCCAGCUACUUCUUGAAGACUGGAAGGCACAAGAAUUUACUGUAGCUAUGAUUCAAGAAAUGAACUUACGAUCUGGAUCGCCAUUCUUAGCUUACCUUUCAGCCUGUGGGACUGGCCGCAUUCGCCAGUCGAGCCAACUUGAUGAGAACACUCAUCUCAUUAGUGCCUUUCGGAUCGCUGGGUUCCGGCAUGUCAUCGGUACACUUUGGGAAGUUAACGAUGAAUGUUGUGUGAGAGUGGCAGAGAGAACAUACGAGGAAAUGCUUAAGGAAGGCAUUUCUGAUGAUGCAGUGUGUCUAGGCUUACAUAAAGCCACAAGAGAAGCUCGCGAUCAAUGGGAACAAAGAGCGGAAGCAAACCGCAAUAGAUUUAGAAAACAGGGGAGGACACAUUGUUGGAGUGUAGACAGGGAUCGGGAUAUAGAAGAGUGCGAUGUCAAUGAUGAUCUUCAGGUGCCUGAAUGGGUACCCUACGUUCACUUUGGUGUCUAG